ACGAAAUAUUUUACGAGUCAGAAACACCCUCAGAAAUAUCCAUAAAGGUACACUCCUAAGGUGGUGUAAUCACAAAGCGGUGUAUAUGUGACACCACCUGGCUAGUCAACAGGCACGAGGAAUAUGGUCAAGUCUGUCAAGUUCAUUCUGGCCACUAUGGGUUUCUACACGCCCCUACUCAAGGAUCCUGAGUUUUGGCUUUUGCCAGUAUAUUCUAAUCAUAAUGAGGAUGGCCCCGAGGACUUCCAUAACGAUGAUUCCGACAUCGACAAUUCCGACUUUGGCGGUUCUGACCUCGACGAUUCACAAUUCUAACAGCAAUGCUUCCGAUCCGACCCUUGUUAACAUAUACCUUACUGCGGUAU